AUGGCGAGCUCCGAUGCUCUUUUGCCAAUCUCCGCCAGAGAAGAAGACCCAUUAUUAUCUUCCUUACUCGACGGGUCAAGAUCCGACCCGAAUCCGGAAACCCCUCGCGGUAGGCGACCCUUCAAAGGUCUCCUCGCCGUCUCAUUCGGGCUUUUGUUCAUCGCCUUCUACGUCGCUCUCAUCGCCACGCACGACGGAUCUAGAUCUCACGACGCUAAGCUCGAGAGCGAUGGAACAGCGACGACAACCUCACGUGCACGUCUCGCCGGCGUGUCGGAGAAAAGCAACGACAGGUUGUGGAAACUUUCCGGUGAUCGUAAAGCGGCGGCGUUCGCCUGGAACAACAGUAUGUUGUCGUGGCAGCGAACGGCGUUCCAUUUCCAGCCUGAACAGAAUUGGAUGAACGAUCCUAAUGGUCCGUUGUUCUACAAGGGAUGGUACCAUUUCUUCUACCAAUACAACCCAAACGCAGCCGUAUGGGGAGACAUUGUUUGGGGUCAUGCCGUGUCUAAGGACCUAAUCCAUUGGGUCCAUUUGCCCUUAGCCAUGGUCGCUGACCAAUGGUACGACGCCAAUGGUGUCUGGACCGGCUCAGCCACAUUCCUCGAUGAUGGCUCUAUCGUCAUGCUCUACACCGGCUCCACCGACAAAUCCGUACAGGUCCAAAACCUUGCCUACCCUGAAGACCCCAACGACCCACUCCUAUUGAAUUGGGUCAAGUUCUCAGGCAACCCGGUUCUAGUACCUCCCCCGGGUAUUCUUCCCAAGGACUUCCGUGACCCAACGACUGCUUGGAAGACAUCGGAAGGAAAAUGGAGGAUCACAAUUGGUUCCAAGCUCAACAGAACAGGAAUCUCACUCGUGUACGACACGACCGACUUCAAGACAUUCGAGAAGCUCGACACAUUGUUGCACCGAGUUCCUAACACCGGGAUGUGGGAGUGCGUUGACUUCUACCCGGUGUCCAUGACCGCUGCCAAUGGGCUCGACACAUCCGUCAACGGACCGAAUGUGAAGCACAUCGUGAAGGCUAGCAUGGACGACACGAGGAUCGAUCAUUAUGCCGUGGGAACGUAUUUCGAUUCCAACGGGACAUGGAUCCCGGAUGAUCCUACUAUCGAUGUUGGGAUGAAAGCUAGUUUAAGAUAUGACUACGGAAAGUUCUAUGCUUCAAAGACAUUUUACGACCAGAACAAGGGUCGGAGAAUCUUGUGGGGUUGGAUUGGUGAAUCUGACAGUGAGGCUGCUGAUGUACAAAAGGGUUGGUCUUCUCUUCAGGGUAUCCCAAGAACUGUUGUCCUCGACACGAAGACAGGGAAGAACUUGGUUCAAUGGCCAGUGGAAGAAACCAAAUCUCUUAGAUUAAGCAACAAGAAAUUCGAUAUCGAAGUCGGCCCUGGAAAGGUGGUCCCUGUGGAUGUGGAUUCCGCAACUCAGCUCGAUAUUGAAGCAGAAUUCGAGAUCAACAAAGAAUCUCUUGACAAAAUCCUCGGAGACACUUCGGUGGCAGCUGAGGCUGAGGAAUUUAGCUGCCAGACGAGUGGAGGCUCCACCGUCCGUGGUGCUUUAGGCCCGUUCGGAUUCUCAGUUCUCGCCGAUGAGAAGUUGUCGGAGCAAACACCGGUUUACUUCUACGUGGCUAAGGGAAAAGACUCAAAGCUCAAAACUUUCUUCUGCACAGACGCCUCAAGGUCAUCUUAUGCAAACGAUGUCGUUAAACCGAUAUAUGGUAGUUCCGUACCGGUUCUAAAAGGGGAGAAACUGACCAUGAGAAUAUUGGUGGAUCAUUCGAUAGUAGAAGCAUUCGGACAAGGUGGAAGAACAUGCAUCACAUCAAGAGUAUAUCCGACAAAAGCCAUCUACGGAGCAGCGAAGCUGUUCUUGUUCAACAAUGCUGUUGAUGCGACUGUGACGGCGUCGUUCAAAGUGUGGCAAAUGAACAGUGCUUUUAUUCACCCUUACUCUGAGGAUGCUGUUCGUGCUCUCUCCCGCAACUGA